GGCCGUCCGAAACUCGCGUUCUGUUUUCGAAACUUCGAACAAGCGAAAUGCCGCAUUCGAAAUAUUUUUUUCUUUCUCCAAACUAGUUGCCAGUGUUUUUAAAGUUCGUCCAAUGUUAGUUUAAGGUGGAAGGCGAUGGGCGUCAAAAACUUAGUGAUGCAGUGGUCGAAAAUACAGAUUGUUGUGUUGGGAAUUUCAGUGUUGUUCCGAUGUACAGAUUCAGUUGAUCUGCCGAGGUUCGUGGGUCCAGGGUCCAACGUCACGGUGGCCGUGGGAAGGGAUGCCGCGCUCACGUGCAGGGUCGACAAUCUACAGACGUUCAAAGUGGCGUGGCUCCGCGUGGAUACGCAAACCAUCCUGACCAUCGCGGGCCACGUGAUCACCAAGAACCACCGCAUCGCCGUCAGCCACGGCGACGGCGCGUGGACGCUGGCCCUGAAGGACGUGGGCCCGGCGGACGGCGGCCGCUACAUGUGCCAGGUCAACACCGAGCCGAUGAUGAGCCAGACGCACCAGCUGCAGGUCGUCGUUCCACCAGACAUAGACGACGACGCCAGCAGCAGUGAAAUCCUUAUCAAAGAGGGAGAGAACGCCGCGUUGCGAUGCGUUGCGUCCGGCACUCCGCCGCCCACCGUCGCGUGGAGGAGAGAGGACUCCAGGCACUUCAAGAUCGACAACCAGACGUUGGUAUCAAAAUGGACUGGCGACUGGUUAAACCUAACCGGGGUGGAGCGAGCGGCGUCGGGCGCUUAUCUAUGUAUAGCUACGAACGGCGUCCCUCCCUCAGUGAGCAAGAGGAUCCAGAUCAAUAUUAUGUGUGACAAUGAUCAAUCAAAAUUAGAUUAA